GACCUGCUCGCCGUGCUCCGCCGGUUCUACAACGGCACCCACGUCGACCUGCCCCACGUCCACUACCUCAAGGCCAAGAAGUUCACCAUCAUCCCCUACAAGCCGAUCACCGAGGACAGCGAGAGCGGCGAGGAGGGCAAGAAGACCAACCACAACAACAAGAAGGGCGCCGAGCGACGACAGGCCUCCGACGACGACGUGACAUCGGACGUCGAGGCCAAGGAGUGGUUCGACGACCAGACGAUGGAGAUCACCAAGGAGGUGAUUGACAUCGACGGAGAGCUCAAGGGCUUCACGCCCUUCAGCUGCGAAGUCCUCCCGCGAGCCAUCCAGGUCAUCCUCUGA